AUGAAGACAUUAGUGCUCUUCACUUUGGUGUCAGUUGCCUUGGCAGCUCCCGCACUACAAGAAGAAGCAACCGAAUAUCAUCAAAACCUGCAGUUUCCAGCACACAGGUUUCUAGAAUCCGUGAAGAGAGAAAGAAAGUCUCCAACAGAUUUAAAAUCAAGCACACUUUUGCAUUCAAGUGUACCUAAUACUAGAAUUCAUACCGACGAAGACAUUCCAAUUCAAACUGGCAGAAGCUUUGCUUUGAAAACCCCAGUAAUUGUCAAGAAAAAAACUGGGUAUCACUUAUAUCGUGAUUCUGAAGAAGAGAAAGCGUAUGCUGACUCCCGCGAACAUUGCGGUAGGCAAGUUAAAGUAAAGUUGUGCGAUGAAGAUGGAAAGUUCAGAAAGAUGUUGAGGAGUUCUGGUCAUGAAAUUAGUGACAGCACAUCAAAAAAUGAUAUGAAGCACAGCAUUAUGAUGGCAAGAGAAGCCAUCGAGAAUUUGCAACGCGAUUUUAAGAGGAUUGAACAAAACAGUGCUUCUGGUAAGCUUGAUUCAAAGUCUGAUACAGAUUUACAUGAAGACCUCGAAGUUACGAGACAAGCUUUAGAAGAUAUUCACAAGAACUACGAAAAUUUAGAAACAAUGAGUUUACGUGCAUCACCGUUGAUGGAUUCAGACGCCAUGCAGAAUUUACACAUCAGAAUAGCAAAUACGGAAGAUGAAAGAAUGGCACUGUGGAAAACAGCUAUCGAAAACAUUUACAAAAAUGUUGAAAUCGCCCAAAAUUUUGAAGAUAGCUUCAAGACUAGAGCUAAUCAGGAGAAACUCAUAAAUUUACAUCAAUCUGAGACGGCAUCUCUUAAAGCUGGUCAUAAAAUAAUAGAAAAAAAUUCUCAAAUAGGAUUAGGAGAAGAUGAUAUGCGUGAUAUGCAAAGUGACAACCUUAAACUACAUCCCACUGAAAACAUCAAUAAUGUAGAACAAGGUAGUGAUAAAACAUUUGGACUCGCUAGAGAAGCACAAGAAACCGUUGGUGAUAUUGCACCGUCUCCUUCGGAGGUCAUUGAAAUGAAAGCUGUAGAAAUUGCAAACCAUAAUUCCUUAAGAAGUGAAAACCAUAAACGCCUUGAACCCGUAAAAAACAGUGAAUGGGAAGUGAAAGAACACGAAGAAAAGCUCAACAGGAAUGCUGAAGAAAAUUUAGAAGAACCUCUGACAGAUGUUCACAACGUAGUCAGCUCAACGGGUACUUUUGUCAUGGAUGGGUCACAAAAACACGAAAAAAAAAUGGCAAUUACAGAUUUAGAUGAAAAAACUAAGGAAUUACACAGUGCCGAAGUAUUACAAGGAAAUGACAUUAAAAAUGAAAUAACUGAAGAAAAAAUUACUACUACAGCAAGAACUACUGAAAAUGUAAAAAACAUGUCAGAAGAUCAUCAUACUGAAGCAAAUGAGGAUAUUAAUGAAGAUAGUAAGAAAUUUCAUCAUCAAAAUUUUGAUGAACAAUCUGAAAAUUCUAUGAAAGCGGCUGACUCCUCAGAUCAGGUAGCUCUGAAUGAUCUUCACUUAGAAGGCAAACAUCACAAUAUUGAUGACAAUGAAUCGGAGCAUACAGCAACAUUAACAGAAAUGAAAACUGCUGAAAGUCAUUUGCAUCCUGUAGAAUCUACAUAUUUAAAUGCGGAAACGAAUCAUGAAACUAAACUAUUGAGUUCAAUGAAAACAGCUGAACCAUCAAACAUACCACUAAACGAUAUUCGUGAAGAGACUAAACAUCACAACAUUGAUUACAAUGAGUCAGAGCAUACGGCAACAUUAACAGAAAUGAAAACAGCUGAAAAUAAUAUGAAUCAUCAAGUGACGGUACUAAAUACACUGGGAGCCGUUGAAGACACCUUACAUCAUGCUUUAUCUCAUCAUGAAACUCGACCUUCAUUGAAGACAGCUGACCCGUCGGACCAAGUACCUCUGAACGAUCUUCAUUUACCGCAUAAACAUCACAACAUUGACUACAAUGAAUCAGAACAUACGCCAACAUUAACAGAAAUGAAAGCAGCUGAAAAUAAAUUUAACCAUCAUGGCACGGUACUAAAAACAUUGGAAGCAGAAGAAGAUAAUUUACAUCAAGCAGUAUCAGAACCCUUGAAUUCACAGUGGGGCCAUGAAACCAAACAUAUAACUUCAUUGAAAACAGCUGACCCUUCAACUCAGGCACAUUUGAACGAUUUCCAUUUCCUCCACAAACAUCACAACAUUGACUAUAAUGAAUCAGAACAUACGGCAACAUUAACAGAAAUGAAAGCAGCUGAAAAUAAUUUUAAUCAUCACGGCACCGUACUAAAAACAUUGGAAGCUGUAGAAGACAAUAUACAUCAUAUGGUAUCUGACCCCUUGAAUUCACAAUGGGAUCAUGAAACCAGACCUAUAAUUUCAUUGAAAACAGCUGACCCUUCAGACCAGGUACCUUUGAGCGAUUUUCAUUCAACCCAUAAACACCACAACAUUGACUACAAUGAAUCAGAACAUACGGAAACGUUAACAGAAGUGAAAGCAGCUGAAAACAAACAUAAUCAUCAUGACACCGUACUAAAAACACUGGAAGCCGUAGAAGACAAUAUACAUCAUGUGGUAUCGGAUCCCUUGAAUUCACAACGGGAUCAUGAAACCAGACCUAUGAUGUCAUUGAAAACAGCUAACCCUUCAGACCACGUACCUUUGAAGGAUCCUCAUUUACCCCAUAAAUACAACAACAUUGAUUAUAAUAAAUCAGAGCACACGGCAACAUUGGCAGAAGUGAAAACUGCUGAAGAGCCGUUUAAUGCACUAAGGAACCAUGAAACCGAACCCCUCAGUUCCUUGAAAACAGUUGAACCUUUAAAUCAAGUACAUUUAAAUAUUGAUGAGAAUGAAUCAGAGCAUUUGAAAACAUUAACACAAAUGAAAACAUCUGAGGAUCAUAUUCAUCCUGUCCAGGUAACAAAUAACAUAAAUGAAGCUAACGAUCACCAUAUGCUACAUCCAAAAUUUAUCUCUCCUGAUCCUCAAAUGGGUCAUGAAAGUAGACAAACGUCUGUAAUGAAAUCAGCCCAGCCGUUACACCAGGAAGCCUUAAACACUGUUCAUAUAGACCACAAACAUAACAAUAUAGAUCGUAAUAAGUUGGAACAAACAGCAACAUUGACAGACUUAAAAUCUGCUGAAGAUCACUUACGUCAUCAUUGGACAGCAUUAAGAGAAAUGAAAACUGUCGAAGAUCAUAUACAUCACCCAGACUCUUUAAGUUCUAAUAUGCACUGGAAUCAGGAAUCACAUCCUUCAACUUCAUUAAAAAUGGCUAACCCUACAAACCAGUUAGCUCAGGACCAUCAUGCUAUACAGCACAAACAUCAGAACAUGCAUCAUAACGAUUGGGAACAGUCAGCAAAAUUAACAGAAUUAAAAUCUGCCGAAGAUCACUUGAGUAGUCAGUGGACAGCAUUUAGAGGAAUGAAUACUGUCGAAGACCAUUUACAUCACCCAGAGUCUUUGAGUUCCAAUAUGCACUGGAAUCAAAACUCACAUGCUAUAUCUUCAAUGAAAACGGCAAAUCCAAUAAACCAGAUGGCUCUGGACCAUUUGCCUUUACAGCGUAAACAUCAAAACAUUGAUCACAUCGUUUCGGAACACACAGCCAAACUUACUGAUUUGAAAACACCUGAAGACCAAGUACAUCAACACUUGACAGCAACAGAAAUGAAACACGCUGAAAACAAUUUACAUCAUCAGCAAUCUGUGCCUCCUACAUAUUGGACCCAUGAAAGUAGGCCCCUUACGAAAACUGUAGAAGAUUCUAGAAAAAAUAGACAUGAACUCGGUCAAACGAGAUACUCGAAUGUAGCUGAUCAUCAUUUUAAUCAUAAUAACGUUGGACACGGCCACGACUUUGAUUCAUCCGAACACGUUCAUCAACAUGCUAACUUUCCUCACAGGUUUCAUCACAAUAUAGUCCAUCCUGACAUACAUGAUAUGAAUGUCCACGAUGGGCUUCACUCGCAUUUCCACCCAAGUCUUAGGGAUGCAAUGGAAAGCCUUGAAUCCGAGCAUGUGUUCCGGUGGAAGCCUUCACAUGAAAGUUUUAGGAGUUCUUAUGCAACCAACCCCAUUAAUCCCAUUAAUUCAGGAGGGGCAGUUGGAGUGUUUCCCAAUGCCAAUACUGGGGGAUGUGGUAUCCCCUUGCUCUUGAGCUGUUCGCCGUCUGUUGUGUCUGGCAGCUUGGCUAAGGCUCAUGGGACUUCGUACUCGGCACCUUCAUACUCCGCGCCUUCAUACAGAACGGAAGAAGAUUUCGGUUUUCACAAUAAGCGUGACACCAAAAAGACAAACGCGAUAAAAAACAAUAACGUUCUGCGAUCUCCUACUAUUGUAAAACAGAAAACUAAGGCAAGUUUAGACAGCUAA